AUGGUCAAACUUAGCGCGAAAAGACCGCAUAAAGAGGUAGAGUUUUCCGAUGAUGAAGACGCCGUGGACAUCGCAGGCAACAUCGCACUAAAUGGAGACGAAAGCUCCUCUAGCGAGGAUGAAAGCGAUGGCGAAAGACAUUAUAGCGUUCAGGAUAUCGUUGAAUUCAGCGACGAUGAGGAAAAGCCAGCUGUGAAAGCUCCACAGCAGAAGAACAAGAAGGUUAAACAGACUCCACAAGCUCUGGCUUUCCCAGCAUUGGAAUUGUCGGACGAUGAAGACGGCACCAAAACUGAGGGCGCCCAGGACGCUGCUGAUGACGUGACAGAGUACUUUUCGACCACUAGCAACGCCAAUAUCAAACACAAAAAAGGUUCGUUCGCAAGUUUUGGACUCUCCAAGCUUGUGCUGUCCAACAUCGGGAAGAAAGGUUUCCGUCAACCGACCCCUAUCCAGAGGAAAACAAUCCCACUGAUUUUGCAGAAGCGUGAUAUCGUGGGUAUGGCCAGAACUGGGUCAGGUAAGACGGCUGCUUUCGUGCUCCCCAUGAUCGAAAGGCUCAAAUGUCACUCUGCGAAAAUCGGUGCGAGAGCUGUGAUUCUUUCGCCCUCCAGAGAACUAGCAAUGCAGACCCAUAAGGUGUUCCGCGAGUUUUCCAGAGGCUCUGAUAUUCGCAGCGUUUUGCUAACCGGUGGUGAAUCUCUCGAAGAACAAUUCGGCGCCAUGAUGUCGAAUCCAGAUGUGGUGAUAGCCACCCCUGGUCGUUUCCUGCAUUUAAAGGUGGAAAUGAACCUUGAUCUAAAGUCUAUGGAGUACGUGGUGUUCGAUGAAGCGGAUAGACUGUUCGAGAUGGGUUUCGAAGAGCAGCUUAACGAGCUUUUGGCGGCUUUCCCAUCUAACAGGCAAACUCUUUUGUUCUCGGCUACUUUGCCUGCGUCUCUGGUUAGUUUUGCUAAAGCCGGACUCACGAACCCUGUCUUGGUGAGACUGGACGCUGAAACUAAGGUUUCGGAGAAUUUAGAGAUGCUUUACCUAUCAUCUAAGAACGAGGAAAGAGAAGCCAAUCUAUUAUACCUUCUGCAAGAAGUUAUGGAGAUCCCGGUUGCUACUGAAGAGCAGUUGCAGGAGUACCGAAACAGUAUAAAACACGACGAUGACAGCGAGGAUAGUGACGCGGAGAACACUAAGACGAAGCGCGAUAAAAUGAAGCACAAAUCUGGGCCACGCAAAAGACUUCCUGCUGCAAAUGAGCUACCAUCUGAAAAAGCCACUAUUGUAUUCGCUCCUACAAGGCAUCAUGUCGAGUACCUCUCACAAUUGUUGAAGGAUUGCGGCUACCUGGUCUCAUAUCUAUACGGUACCCUGGAUCAACAUGCUCGUCGGCAACAAUUAUUCAAUUUCAGGGCCGGUCUGACCACGAUAUUGGUGGUAACAGAUGUGGCAGCCAGAGGUGUCGAUAUUCCUAUGUUGGCUAAUGUGGUCAACUAUUCUUUGCCCGCGUCUUCCAAAAUUUUCGUUCAUCGUGUUGGUAGAACCGCAAGAGCUGGUAACAGAGGUUCUGCAUACUCUAUUGUUUCCGACAAUGAGCUACCAUAUCUUUUGGAUCUAGAAUUAUUCCUGGGCAAAAAAAUCCUGCUCACACCAAUGUUUGAAGCGACGACAGAGAUGCUGAAGGCUAAGUGGAUAAGUGACGGCAAUUCUGAGUUGACUUUCAAGCCUCCAAAACCGUCUUAUGUCAACAGAAUGGUGCUGGGUAGUUGUCCAAGACUUGAAUUGGAGACGUGCGGCGAUCUUUUCAAAAGCUUGCUCCAGUCAAGCUUCGAUUUACAGCAACUCAAGGCAGUGGCUGCCAAAGCAGAGAAGCUGUAUUUUAGAACACGGCCACCUGCCUCCCAGGAGUCGAUGAAGAGAUCUAAGGAAGUUGCUUCGUUUGGAUGGGACGCACAGAACCUGAGGUUUGGUAAGAACAUUGAAAAGGAAAAGCUGGAUUUCCUGGCAAAGCUCCAAAACAGAAAUCACAAGGAGACGGUCUUUGAGUUUGCUCGUAAUCACGACGAUGAAAUGGCACUGCUGAUGCAGAAGAGACGGAGGCAGAUUGCUCCUAUCCAGCGCAGGGCCCGCGAAAGAAAAGAGCUUCUUAAGAAGGAGAGAAUGGCAGGCUUGAGACACACAGUGGAAGAUGAGAUUUUGAAGGGUGACGAUAACGAAGUGGGCUACUCUGUACCCGAUGAAGUCCUCAGCCGCGAAUUUGAAGACGGAGAUGACGUUUUGGAGAGCCAGAUGCCUGAAAAGAAGAGGAAAUCUUACAAGGACCCGGCUUUCUUUUUAUCCCACUACGCGCCAGCAAAUGAAAUUCAGGACAAGCAGCUCGAAGUGACCACUGGAUUCACUAAUGAAGCUGCGAAUGCCACUUUUGAUUUGCAGAACGACGACAAAGUGCAAAAUCACAAACAAGUGGCCACUGUCAAAUGGGACAAAAAGCGCAAGAAGUACGUCAACUCACAAGGUGUGGACAACAAGAGGUACAUCAUGGGCGAAAGUGGUCACAAAAUUCCCGCUUCUUUCAGGUCCGGGAAGUUCGACGAGUGGUCCAAAGCUCGCAAACUGGGGCCCAUCAAGGUGGGAGCCCGAGAGGCAACCUCUACUUCGAAGCUUCUCAGCGAUCCAACUGGCUCUGGCUCUCAGCGAACCAUUGGUGGUAGAUUCAAGCACAACAAAGUCAAGGCUCCCAAACUUCCUGACAAGCACAGAGACGAUUACCAGUCCCAGAAAAAGAAGGUCGAAAAAGCCAUUGGCAGCGGAAUUCCCGUCAAGGGCUUCAACAAGCCUGGCUCUACUAGUGAGUUGAAGACACCUCAGCAAAUCUACAAGGAAAGAGUCGCGAAGGAGAAUCGCAAGGCCAAAAAUGCUCGUCCUUCGAAAAAGAGAAAACACUAA